AUGGCCUUAGCUAUCGAUUCAAUUUCACUUGCCGAACUUCUUUCUUCAAAUGAACCAUUUAAAAAGGUAUUAGUUGUUGAUUGUCGAUCAUUUUUCAAUUAUAAUAAAUCACAUAUACGCCGUGCAAUAAAUGCAUUUUAUUCCAAAAUGAUGAGGAGAAGGUUAUUUGAUAGUAAAGUUAGUCGCUUUUUUGGAGAAUCAUAUUCAUCUAAUUUUUUAGUAAUUGAUUUAUUAGCACCAAGAGUGCAAGUUGAAUCUUUGCCUCUCAACGGUGAUUUGGACCACGAUCCACUCGUGUCUUAUGACCCUAAGACAGUUGGACAGUCUUAA